UGAGCUUAUGUUCUUGUGUCGUCUCCUCUACUCUGCACGCCAGAGGCCACAAGGGUUCCAAGCGGGAUUCGAACCUGUGGCCACAGAACUUCCCACCGGUCUCUCUGUAGCCACAGGGGAACCUGCAGUGCCGCCGAGAUUGAAGACACAGGAGGGGCGUUGGCCCUUCUGAGGGACCUGAUAGGCUCACCGGCUCCAUAGCUUCGUCCAAUGGCAUCGCGCCAUCCCCAGAACGAGCCCGCCCCUUCCGCCCGAAGCCUUGCUCCUCCACACCCUCCUUCCGCCAUCGUCGCGUCGCCGUUGCCAUGGCAGCCGGAGGCAGCCUAGGCCCGAGGCGCGGCCAUGCCGAAGCCGAAGCUGUCGCUGUCUCCGGUGCCGGAGCAGGAGACCGACGUCGGGGGCCGCCUCUCCGGGAGCGAGUCUCCCUCCGAGGUCGCUCGAAGCGGCGCCGCCUCUCAGGCCUCGGCGGAUCUCUCCACUUGGGCUGCUGAACUGCAGACUGAAACUGGAAAAAGCCACACCUGCUCCACAGAGGACGAGGAGGAUGAUUCCACGGGAGAGUCUGAAGAUGAUCAAGAUGAGGAUGAAGAGUGGGAUACAGACCUGGAAAUAGAAGAGUUGAGAAAAUCACAUGACUCUGCAGGAAGAGGCACGUACCUUCACACUUGCCAAACCUACGGUGUCAUCCCCAUCUCUUAUUUUUUACGUCAUAUGAAAGAUUCUGAACUGAUCCUGACGCACCAUGGCCUCAGUCCCAAGGCAGCCAAAGCUCUAUCCCUUUCCUUGACGAACAACACGUCCGUCGUGAAAUUAAACUUGAGCGACAACUGGCUGGGUGGAGAAGGGACAGCGGCCAUCGCGGAGAUGUUGAAGGAAAACUGUUUCAUUUCAGAUGUCGAUCUGUCAGAGAACAGGUCCAGGGUGCAUGGAGCCAAGGCUCUGUCGGCUGCCCUUCGGGCCAACGCAACCCUCGUCACCCUGAAGCUUCGACGAGGCGAGGCUGCCCAAUAUCUAGCAGAGGCCUUGGCGACCAACCACAAACUGGCGUCCCUCAAUCUCAGCCACAACAGGCUGGGAGAGGCUGCAGGUGAGGUUCUCGGAGCAGCCAUUGCAGAAAAUGUUGGUCUGAAGGAACUGGAUCUCAGCUGGAACUGCUUCCGGGGCCAAGGAGCUGUGGCGGUUGCUAAAGGCUUAGGGGCGAACAUAUUCCUUCGGGUGCUUGAUCUCGCCUACAACGGCUUUGGCAACAAGGGAGCGGCUGCCCUGGGAGAAGCCCUGAAAGUCAACAAUGUGCUGGAAGAACUCCAUGUUGGCAACAAUUGUAUAUCCCUGGAAGGCGCGCUUAGUCUCGCUGUGGGCCUGAAGGAAAACCGGACGCUGAAAAGCCUCCGCGUGCCCAGGAACCCAAUCGCAAGCAAAGGCUGCGUGGGGAUUCUCAAAGCCGUCCGAGCCAAUCCAGGCACCGUCUUGGAGUUUCUUGAUUUUUCGGAGAUUGUGGUGAAGCCGGACUUUGUCGAACUCUGCGCAGCCGUUCAGGAAGUUGCUCCGGGCCUUCGAAUCAAACAUGAUGGAACCACCCGCUUGUUCCGCAGAGACCCAGCAAAGGUUUCCUGAGAAGAUCCCGAACGUUGGGUGCCCUUUGAGAAGAACUUCUUGAUCUCCCCCUAUCUUGGUUACCUGUGCGAUGAACCCAGGGCAGAUCAUGCAGGCCUCUGCGCUUCCUUCUGUUGACACUGGGUGGGUGCGAGGGAUUCAUCAGUGCUAAUUCUGCUAAUGUCCUAUUUAACCCGGUCUUUCCCCAAACCCCAUUAUUUCCUAAUUAAAAUCCAGAGCACUCCGCUCUUCCUUCCCAGAACAAAUUAAGAAUAUGAACCUGUAGGAAUCCAUUGCUUGCUGCUAAGCUUGAGAUUGUUUAUCUUGAGGUGUGGGGUCCUGCUGCCAUGGUAGAUAUAAUCAUAUAAUAAUCUUGGAACUGCAGAGCUGGUAGGGACCAUGUGGAUCACAGAGUCCAGCCCAUGUAAAGGAGGCCCAUGGGGGGGGAUCUAACUCCCAACCUCUGACCUCAACCACCGCGUUAUCCAUCUCACCCGAGGGAUUCCUGGAGUUCUGUCCAUGGCUCCUGGCUCUUGCAUCCAGGGGCAAUAUGCCAGUAAAGGCCAGUUGGCAGGCUUUUCCUUCGUGACUGUCCACACUGGCAGAGAGCGAUGGCCUUGGGUUUCCCAAUAGCCCUGCUCAGCAUGGGAACAAAAACCUUGUUUGCUUGUGUUUCUACUUAAAAGGAUCUACCCUUCCCCUUUAAGAGGCAGCUGGGAUUUUUCUGGCACAGGGCUAGAGCAUAGCAAUUCCUUGGGAUGUAAAGUAGCUCCUGCCUUCAUGGACUGGUACCAAGAGUUCAAAUAGGUUGCCUUGAAGGGGAAGGAAGGACCAUUUCGGCACCAUCUGGAUCGCACCGAAUAUCACGGUGUGGACAGGGCCCUGAAUGUUCAGGGGCAGUUUUAAAAUGCGAUGAUUUGUAUUCUGUUGCUUCUAAAUCUGGUCUUGUAAUUGCUUUGUCCUAACAUUUAAAAUAUAAUGUUACUAAUCCUUUUUUUAAAUGUUUCAUCGAUUUACUGUUUUUAGCU